AUGUCUGCCUUAGCAUCACAGUUAAAGUCGAUCAAUGAAAAGACUUCGUCUAUUGCUUUCAAUAGACAACAAAGGUCAAAAUUACAUUCCCGUUCAUUGAUAUUUGAACCUAAAGUUGCCGCAACUCAAGAUUAUGAAUAUAUCUAUCAAAUUGCUAGUGACGGACUUCAGGAGUUAUGUAAUUUAGAUUCAAGAUUCAUCAAGUUUAGAACUUCAUUAUUUGCAACUGAUUCUAUAAAUUUCGACAGAAAUGUGCAAUCUGAAGACGUUAUCCAGCAAGUGAAUGCCAAUAUCAAUGCAUUUUUCACAUUGUUGGGACCAUAUUAUAAUUUUACUGCUGCACUCACAGCUAGCGAAUGGUUGGUCAGACGUUUUCAAGCUAAUAUUCACAAUGCAGAGCACUUGACAUUAUCAGUGUUGCCAUAUUACGGGCGACCAACUUUUAUCAAGGUUUUGAAUGUAAUUCCAAAACAGAAUAUUCCGAAGAUAUUUGAAUGGCUUACUAACUUCAAAGAGCAGUUGGCAAAUCCAACUUUGCAAUCAAUCUUCAGAUCGUUUUACAAUGAUGAGGCUUUAUUCAAAUUUUAUACCUCAUUCUUGAAUGACCUGAUCAAGAACCACACUGUAUAUAAAGAACAAUUGGUAUUUUAUUUAUCCGUUGCUAUUCAAAUUCUCGCAUCAUCAUCCAAGAACCAGGAAAGGUUGAAUGAUUAUCUUAUUCCAGUCAUUUUGGAAACUGUUGAUUUAUUACUCAGCCAUCAAACUGGCUCCCAGCUUCAAAUUUCAGACUUGAAGCUCACCGCUUUUUCAAUUUUGUCAGUCAUCUCCUCUAUUAUUGCAUUGAACCCCGAUAUCAUAAACUCAUUGACAGUGGCUAUUUGCGGGGACAUUGAAUGUAUUUCAGGUAGUUUGCUCAAACCUACAUUGGUAUUAUUAGUUCAAUUGUGGAAUGCAAACAAAAACUUGGUUGUGAACAACGAUACCUUUAGUAAUUUACAGUUGAGUUCCCAAAUUGUUGAAAUUUUAAAAGAUUCAAAAUUGGCCAAGUUUAAAGUUGGCAGGUUUGCAGCCUGUUACUUUGUUUCUACCUUUCCGGUAAAAGAAUCUGCUCAGUUACUUGAAUUAAUUGAUCUCAGCAACGCAGAUUUGGCAAAUUUUGUUGUCUCGAAAGUUAUUGAUUUUAUUGCUUCAAAUACUGCUUUGAACGAGAAUGAGAGAUUAAUUCUUGUUGACAUUGUCAAGUACAUGGUUAAGGAAGCUCGGACUCAAUUACUUGAUAUUCUUGCAAAGCGUGACUUGCAAUUGAGUGAUUUGGAACUUAGAUUGCAAUCUUCAAUUAUGGACACAGUGGUUGAAGAAAACGACGAUAUUGUAGAGAAAUACUUCGAUGACGAUGUUGUUGACGAAAAUGUGGAAGUUUUUGAAUUUUCUUCUGUCGAGGUUGAAUCGUCUUCCUAUUUGAACUUAGCUAAUGACCUGGAAUUUGAAGCAGUAUUGUCAUCACUUUUGAAGAUGUGCUCGUCUAUUAAAGUCAAAGCACAAAAAUCUGCGAUUUUGCAGUUUUGUCACAAGGUAUUUAAGUCUGUGGAUGUUACCUUAUCAUUCUUGCUUCGUGCAUCUUUCACUCCGUCUGUUCCACCUAGCAUCAGAAUCAACACUCUUAAAGCUAUCACUUCAAGAGUUAAAGCGUCUUCAGAUGGAAAAACUGACUUCUAUUUAUUGGUGCCUUUACUAUUAUUGGGUCUUUAUACUGAGUCUAAAGGCGAGCGUAUGGCAAUUUCACAAAUAAUCACAGCUGUUGCAUCCAUUUCAGAAGAAGUUCAUUCAGGUAAAAAGAAAGUUAAUACGACUUUGUUUAUGGAGGACUUGAUCUACACAUCCACAGAGGAAAAGAAAAUGAUAUCACCUCAAGAUGCCUUGACUUUUUUCAAUUAUUUGAUUGAGGGAAAUAAUUUAAAUGACACAGUCUUUGACUCAUCGAAGUUAGUCCGUUUGAUUAGUUCAAGUUUUCAAGUCAAACAGGGAAAGAAGAGUUUGGGUGCAGUGUACAAAACAUUCAUUUUUUCACAAUGGGCACUUGCACAUUUGCCUCUUGUUUUCAAAAGAAGAGCUUGGUCAAUUGGCAGUGAAUUGAAUAAACUUGGCGGCGAUGAAAGAUUGUUCUUCUGGGGUACUGAUGUAUCACAUUAUGUCCAACACAGAUUUAACUUGCAACUGCAAGCAAUAAGUGCUGGUGUUGAAAACUUCACAACUAUUGAUAAAGCCUUGGUAGGUUUAGUGGGUGGGAAGAAGAUCUCAAACGAGACAACCUCAAGAGAAUCUGAAUGGUUAGUCAAAGGUUUAGACACUGAUUCUGGUAUCCUGGAAAUCGUUGAAGAACGUGUCAAGGCUGUAUUUGAGCUCUUCUCAAUUGAAGCUCAAUUACAAAUUGUCAACAAAUUGAUUGAAUUGUUGGUGAACGAAGAAUAUGUUCCGUUUGAUCCUAUGACUACUUUGCAAGAGCUUCACUUGAGCUCUGUUAUAUUCUUACAAGCAUUGGGAAAUGUACAAAUUGGAGAAAAAUCACCCGAACAAGGUGUUGUUAAACGUAGGAGAAGAUCAUCUAACUCAACCAAACAAGCAAUGGCAAAAGAUGAUGUCACCAGCUUGGCUGCAUUACAUAUCAGAAAAUUAGCUAUUUUACUAGAGGUUUUAGAGACCAAUUUGAGAAAAAACGCUAGCUUUUCCGAUCCAAAGUUGUUAAAAGUGUUGUUCAAUAUCUUGACUGACUUGGAUUAUUUGGGUAAUGAUGGAAAUUUGCCAGUCUUGUACACUCAGGAGCUUUUGGCCACAUGCAUGCUUUUAGAUAUCACUAACUUGAAGAGUAGCAAUGAAGAGCUCAAAUUCGACUCUAAUUCAAUCAGGGCUGAUUUGAUUGUCAACUCUAUCAGAAACUCAAGUUCACCACAAGUGCAAAAUAGAUUAUUGUUGGUCAUUUCAGAGUUGGCUGCGUUAGCACCGGAGAUCAUAUUGCAUUCAGUGAUGCCUAUCUUUACAUUCAUGGGAGCUCAUACAAUUAGACAAGAUGACGAAUUUUCAAACAAUGCAUUACAACAAACUGUUGCGAAGGUAAUUCCAGCAUUGGCAGCUAACUCAUCAGGAUCUAUUGGGUCUGAGAUUGAGUUUUUAUUGACUAGUUUCAGUGCUGCUUUCAGUCAUGUCCCUACACAUCGUCGAGUCAAGCUUUUUGUUGCAUUGACCCAAACAUUAGGGUGCUCCGAUUCAAUGCAUAUUAUUUUGUUCUUAUUGGGCCAGCAGUUUGUUGAGCUUAAUCAAAAGAAGAAAAUAAAUGAAUCUGAAGCAAUUGUUGAAUUUGUUGAAAAUUAUUUAAAGUCAUUUUCAGCCCAAGACCAAUUGAAUGGAUUUGUUCAGUUUUCCCAAUUGGUGAAGGAGCUUCCAAUAAAACAAUUAGAGGUAAACUCCACCGACUAUGAAGAUUUAAAGGUGAGACCAAUCUAUGGUAAUGCAGUUGUUGGACUAACUGAUACUGAGUGUUUGAAAUUGAGAGGUUCACUUUUUGAAUACUUUGAUAUUAUUUUACGCCUUGAUUCAUCUAGAUAUGAUGCCUUGUCUCUCAAGAGCAAAAUUGCAAUGGUGUUUUUUGACGGUGAAGACGCAAAGGGGAAGCAACAAAUUUUGGACAAGUUCAGAGAUCUCACAAGUUUUGUCUUGUCUGAACUUGAAAUGUUCUCCAAUGUACAUCCAAAUAAGCAAAUUUGUUCGGCAUUGUAUGACAUUUUGACUAACUUAUUAGACUUAUUACCAUUGGCGAAUUUUAUUGAUUCGAUUGUUGAAUUUUUGGAUGUUGACAAAUUGAGUGAUACUGCAUCCAUCAAAGUAGCUAAGAACUAUGCUGUUUUAUCUGCCAGCAAAUUCGAAGAUGAGGUCAGUUUUGAUGCAUAUACCAAAAUUGGUGACUCCUUCAUCGAGAGAUUGCUUAGUGUAUUGAUCAAGGGUAUUCGGAGAAGCAUUGAUGCUGAAUUGCAACAAGCCUAUUUGAACACAUUUGCCGUGGUAAUCCGUAAAGUUGGUACUGCAAAUUCUGACUUUAUUAUUGGCGACAUGUCAAAAUUCAUGUUAGACUCAUUGGGUGUUAUUGCUUCAGAGUGUGGUUUAUUGAGCUCACAAUCUGAGGUUAUUGUUGCCUCCAUCAAUGCUAUUAUUAGCGUGGUGAAUAUUUUUGGAGUCAAGACUCUUGGAUUAUUCCCAAAGAUAGUUCCACCUGCUUUGAAGAUUUGGGAAUCAACCUCCACAACUGACAACGAAGGUUCCAAGUUGGUACAAGAAUCAGUGUUGUUAUUGCUUUCGAGUUAUAUUAAGAAAAUGCCAGCAUUUAUGGUUACCACAUUGGACUCUAUUUUGGUCACAACUUUGGCAAGUGACUUGACUGAGAACCUGAUUAAGAGUGCUGUAUUGAAUUUGGUGAUCGAUCAUAUGGAGGCAGGUUUAGUUUUAAAAUCAUUAUGCAAUAUCUGGAUCAACAAGGAGUUUUAUAAGACUAAUAAUGCUAAAGAUAUUGGAUUAUACUUGAACACGUUGGAGUCAGCAAUAGAAAAAUUGGAAAAGAAGGAAGCAACACAACAAGCUUCGUUGUUUUUUAAGUUAUUGGUUCAAUCAUUUGAAUUUAGAGAGUACUCCAAUUCUGAGGAUGAAAAGUUUGAUCACAAUACUAUUGGAAGAAUUGAGAGCUCCUUCCACUCGUGUGCUAUAUCUUUUGUGAUGAAGCUUAACGACAAAAGUUUCCGUCCACUAUUUGCUAACUUGGUUCGUUGGGCAACCACUGGUGAAGGUAGUACAUCGGAGAUUGACUUUACUUCAAGAUUAUUGUCAUUCUACCGUUUUUUCAACAAGUUGCAAGAACAAUUAAAGAGUAUUGUCACUUCCUAUUACUCUUAUUUGAUUGACACAACUUCCUCUGUGCUUGGUGAUUUUGCUAAUGGGACUAUUAAAGAUACCAGUCUUCGCAGAAUUGUAUUGAUUUCGUUGACUUCUUCAUUCAACUACGAUCAAGAUGAGUAUUGGUCACAAGAGGGAAGAUUUGAAAGUAUCACUCAACCACUUUUGAAUCAAUUAAGCAACAUCGAAGACUUAAUUGGAAAGUAUUUGGUCAAGGCAAUUAGUGCGCUUGUUUCGGACGUUUCUUCAAACGAAUACAAUGAGCGUAUUUUGAAAUCAUUAAUCAGGUGUAUUUCCUACGACAAAGAAAACUCUUCCAAUACUAAAAUAUGGACAAUUCGUACCCUCAAAACAAUUUUCCAGAAAAUGGGUGAGCUGUGGUUACCUUAUUUGCCAACUUUGGUGCCACAUAUUGCUGAAUUAUUAGAAGAUGAAGACGAAUAUGUUGAAUUGGAAGUUAGAGAAGGAUUGGUUAGGGUAAUUGAAAAAGUAUUGGGAGAACCAUUGGAUAAGUAUUUAAGUUAA